AUGCAUUCCCUAGUGUUUGUUGUGGGAGUAAGUGCAGUUCUUGGUAUUAAUGCGACUGAUAAAGUGUCACCACGGCCCAGUCUUAAAUCUUUCAGGGCCGACUAUGACAGUGUCGCUAAAACUUGUGUGGCUGUUGGUUAUGUAAAAGAUAACUGCAAAAGCAACAAAGAUAGAGGAAACAUGGUGAUAGCAUUCGACGCUAAAGCAAAAAGUACGCAGGCAGUUAGUGGAGGGAGCAUCGUCAUAUUUAAAGAUGUCAAUUUGAAUUUAGGAGGAGGAUACAACGCCGUUAAAGGAAUUUUCAUAGCUCCAAAAUCGGGAGUUUACGUAUUUGAUUGGACAACAAUGACGGCCACCAACAAAUACGCCUACACCGCUCUGUACUUGAAUGGUAACAUAAAGGCGUACAACCAUUGCCAUAACAACAGUCAUGACAUCUAUAUGGUAUGCAGUAAAAUGGCUGUUGUAAAAAUGAAAGCAGGAGAGAAGGUCUGGAUUGGAUGUUUUUCUGGAACAUCAUCCGUUUACUCGUCACAUUCUUCAUUCUCCGGUUUCAUGUUGUAA